AUGUGUGCACUCCAUGUGGACAGCUCCCCCAACGUGCCGUCUGUCACCACCAGCUAUGUCCACGGCACGUCCUCGCUGCCGCUGAAGUCCUCCACGGUGGGGCAGACCCUGCAGAGCGCCGUGGAGCGCUGGCCGGACCGCGAGGCCGUCGUCUUCCUGCAGGACGGCCUGCGCAAGAGCUUCGCACAGUUUCAGCAAGACGUGGACCAGGCAGCUGCAGGCUUGCUGGCGCUGGGAAUGAAGAGAGGGGACAGGCUGGGAAUGUGGGGGCCCAACAUCUACGAGUGGAUCCUGUUCCAGUUCGCCACAGCCAAGGCUGGCAUCAUACUGGUGUCUGUGAACCCAGCCUAUCAGCUGCAGGAGCUGGAGUUUGCCUUGAGGAAGGUGCAGUGCAACGCGGUGGUGUGCCCCACGCAGUUUAAGACGCAGAGUUACUGCGACAUGCUGCGGCAGAUUUGCCCGGAGAUGGAGACGGCCGGGCCCAACGGCUUCCAGAGCGCCAGGUUGCCAGACCUGCGGAUGGUGAUCGUGACAGACAGCCGGCAGCCAGGGAUGCUCCACAUGGACGACGUCAUGCAGGCGGGAGGCAGCCAGCAUCUGCAGGAGCUGCAGGCACUGCAGAGGAAGCUGUCCUUCGACGACCCCAUCAACAUCCAGUUCACAUCGGGGACAACAGGGAGUCCGAAAGGGGCCACUUUAUCUCAUCACAACAUCGUCAACAACGCCUACUUCAUAGGGCUGCGUGUGGGCUAUGCCUGGAGGCCGCAGGUUCGAGUGUGCCUGCCUGUACCCCUGUAUCACUGCUUUGGUUCGGUGGGAGGAGGUAUGAACAUGGCUCUGCAUGGAGUCACGCUUGUCUUUCCCUCCACCGCCUACGACGGCCGGGCCAACCUGGAGGCUAUACAGAAAGAGAGGUGCACCUUUGUUUACGGCACUCCCACCAUGUACAUUGACAUGCUGGGGCAGCCAGACCUGGACAAGUAUGACCUGUCAUCUGUAGAGGCAGGAAUCAUGGCUGGGUCUCCAUGUCCACCUGAGAUCAUGAAGAAAACUAUUACUGCCAUGAACAUUAAGGAGCUGAUGAUAGGGUACGGCACCACAGAGAACAGCCCGGUCACCUUCCUAGGGUACCCUCUGGACAACCUGGAGAAGAAGACUGAGACUGUGGGCUGCAUCAUGAACCAUACUGAGGCUAAGGUGGUGGACCCCUCCUCAGGGGAGAUAGUACCCUUGGGGGUGUCAGGAGAGCUGAUGAUCAGGGGGUACUGUGUGAUGCUGGAGUACUGGGACGACCCCAAAAAAACGGAGGAGUGCAUCGCCAAGGACCGCUGGUACAGGACCGGAGACAUAGCCAGCCUCGAUCAGUAUGGAUACUGCCGAAUCGAAGGCCGGAUCAAAGACAUGAUUAUCAGGGGGGGUGAGAACAUCUACCCUGCUGAAAUUGAGCAGUUCUUGCACACCCACCCCAAGGUGCUGGAGGCACAGGUGAUCGGGGUGCGGGACGAGCGUAUGGGGGAGGAGGUGUGUGCCUGCAUCAAGCUGAAAGAGGGGCAGGAGUGCUCUGCUGAGGAGCUCAAAGCCUACUGCAAGGGCCAGAUCGCCCAUUUCAAGAUUCCCCGCUACGUCACAUUUGUGAAGGGAUUCCCGCUCACUGUCUCGGGGAAGAUCCAGAAGAAUAAACUGCGAGCAGAGAUUGAGAAGAAGCUGGGCAUAUGAUGAGCAGUUUGUGUGUGUGUGAGAGACAGAGAGAGAGAGAGAGAGAGAGAGGCGAUGUGUGUGUGUGCGUCUUUUACCCAGAAUGAAUUGUCGUUUUUGCCAGGUGUUUUUCAUUACAUUAUAGUGUAUGAAUCUGAACCAGAGAUGACAGACCAUUUUACAGCAUGAUUUACAGUCAUGAUUAUGAAUGUUUUCUUUAUUAAAUCACGUACUUUAUGAAAUUGUGUACAUGUAGUCUCUUAUAUAGAGAUGCAUGUCUUUGCUGACUGGAAUCUGUCAGACAUGUUGGGUGGGUGUUAUAGGCCAGGUGAGGUGCAGGUAAGAGGGGUUUGCGUCAGGUGAGGUUGUGCCCACACAGUGUGGCCAGUUCCCCAGGCUUAGAGGAAAGGCUGUGUCAUCAUUAUCACCUUAUUAUAUUAUAAUAGAAUUUAUGCUCUGUUCCUUCGCUGGGUUGCAGACAGAAAUGUUACAAAAUGGAUUUGCAGGAAAUACGUGCAUGUCUCAGUAUCCCUCAAAGAUGCGCCAGUUCUGCCAAACCAAACUAGUGAAGCAGACCUCCUAUUCCCUAACAUAUGUCCUACAAAUAAAACACGGUAAAAUAAAACAGUUUCAGUGACGAGCAGCACGGCACACAGACUGUCUGGGUGACCAGCUGUGCGAAACCAGAGGGAUAAACAGUUCAGCCCUGUGAGCUUGGAAACUUUUGUCAACAAGACCUGAUCUUUUCCACAUGCUGCAUUUGACUCAGUAGCAUGUAUCUAUAUCACUAGCCUGCUCUAUUAAAAACACAGCCCAAAACAGCCCUCCUUACAGCUCACAGAGUGGCGAAGAGAUAUGCCCCAACCCCCCCCCCAAUCCCAGCAUGACCGUCUAGUCGUGACAAUCUGGCUUCCUGAAAUGACGACGCCCACUUUCACCCCAUCGGUGUACACAC